AUGAUGGAGCAAAAGGAUGAAAGGAUUCGAAAGACAGCUGAACUACUCACAUACAUUCGUACUUUGAAAAUGUAUGGCUGGGAGCUUCUCUUCGCCAGCUGGUUGAUGAAGACGAGGUCCUCCGAAGUUAAAUACUUAUCGACAAGGAAGUAUCUGGAUGCUUGGUGCGUGUUUUUUUGGGCAACGACACCCACCCUCUUCUCUUUGUGCACGUUUGGACUCUAUUCCUUAAUGGGCUAUUCGCUCGACGCUGCAACGGUUUUCACCUGCCUAGCUCUGUUUAACAACUUGAUCUCCCCCCUUAACUCUUUCCCUUGGGUCAUCAAUGGCUUGAUAGAUGCAGCUAUAUCUACUAGACGAUUGAGCAAGUAUCUCUCUAGCUUUGAAAAUGAUAUUGAGCCCGGAAGUUUAUCCCCAAUUGUUGAUGGCGAUAAAUUUGGAUUUAAAGAGCUGGCUGUUGCUGUACGUGAUGCAUCAUGUGCAUGGUCGAGCUGUGAUGAGAAGGAAUUCAAUUUGGUCUUGGAACGUGUAAACCUUUAUGUUCCCGAAGGGUUCAUGGUCGCCAUAAUUGGAGAGGUAGGAUCGGGUAAAUCAUCUCUUUUAAACAUGCUCCUUGGGGAAACUAGGCUCAUCAAUGGAUCGACACAUCUAAAUGGAUCAAAAGCAUAUGUACCACAGGUUCCCUGGAUAAUGUCUGGGACUAUCCGUGAUAAUGUUUUGUUCGGAAAGGACUAUGAUCAGAAAAGAUAUUCGGAUGUAUUACUAGCAUGUGCUCUUGAUCUCGAUAUUUCGCUAAUGGUGGGAGGCGAUAUGGCUCAUAUUGGUGAGAAAGGGACCAAUUUGUCGGGAGGACAAAGAGCUCGCCUGGCCCUUGCAAGGGCUCUUUAUCACGCCACAGAUAUAUACCUGCUUGAUGAUAUCCUGAGUGCGGUCGACUCACAUGUUGGCCGCUCAAUUUUGCAGAAUGCCUUGCUUGGCCCUGUUAUGAACGGAAAAACACGCAUUCUCUGUACACAUAAUAUCCAGGCAAUACAAUCGGCUGAUUUGGUAGUUGUGAUGGAUAAAGGACGCGUGAAGUGGGUAGGAAGUCCAUCCGACCCGUCUAUUUCUUCUUACAUCUCGUUUCUAUCUCUAGACGAGGUGAACACAUCCACCGGAAUACAAAACAACAAAAAUUUACCAAUUGAAUCAGAACAAAACCAAGAACUCGAUUGUAUAAGCACUUCCAUUGAUGCCCAGGCUGUCAUUGAGGUUGAGACACGGAAAGAGGGAAGUGUUGAGGCAACAGUAUACAAAAAAUAUGCUGCAUUUGCCGGUUGGUUGGUUACAAUUAUGACAUGUGUCUCGGCAAUUUUGAUGCAAGCUUCUCGUAAUGGAAAUGAUCUGUGGCUCUCAUUUUGGGUCGACACCACAGAAGGCAGCCCAAGCAAGUAUUCAACCACUUUCUACCUGGUCAUACUUGGCAUGUUUUGCUUGGUGAAUUCAUCGUUAACUUUAGUGAGGGCAUUUUCAUUUGCAUUUGGUGGUCUACGAGCCGCUAUUAGAGUGCAUGAUCAGUUACUACAGAACCUUACUGAUGCACCUAUUAGCUUCUUUGAUCAGACCCCAAGUGGAAGAAUAUUAAACAGAUUGUCUUCAGACCUCUUCACAAUUGACGAUUCUCUUCCAUUUAUUCUCAACAUUCUCCUCGCGAAUUUUGUGGCCCUUUUGGGGAUUACCAUAGUUUUAUCAUUUGUACAGGUCAUGUUCUUGCUGCUACUGAUACCCUUUUGGUUUAUUUACAGCAGAUUGCAGUUCUAUUACAGGUCAACAUCACGCGAACUGCGAAGACUGGAUAGCGUGUCCCGUUCGCCUAUCUACGCAUCAUUUACAGAGACAUUGGAUGGUUCUUCAACUAUUAGAGCUUUUAAUUCUACGGACUUGUUUCUAUUCAGAUUCAUGAAGCACGUGGGAAUAUAUCAGCGAACUUCUUACACUGAAGUCAUCGCAAGUUUGUGGCUUUCCCUUCGCCUUCAGUUGUUGGCAGCAUUUAUCGUCUCAUUUGUUGCCGUGAUGGCCAUUGUUGGAACACACGGAUAUAUCCCUGUCAAUUUGGGUACCCCGGGCUUGGUUGGUCUGGCUCUUUCUUAUGCUUCCCCAAUUGUGUCCUUGUUGGGAAGCUUCUUGACGAGCUUCACUGAAACAGAGAAGGAGAUGGUUUCUGUUGAAAGGGUACUUCAGUACAUGGACAUCCCUCAGGAAAAGCUGUCCGGUGAACCGUUAAAUCCUAACUGGCCAUUGAAAGGAGAGAUACAGUUUCAUAACGUGACACUAAGAUAUAUGCCAUCCUUGCCCCCAGCAUUAUCGAAUUUUUCUUUUAGUAUCCCUGCAGGGAGUCGGGUUGGAUUUGUUGGAAGAACGGGCGCUGGAAAAUCGAGCAUCUUGAAUGUUUUAUUUCGUCUCAACCCGGUUUGUGGUGGGCGUGUUCUAGUGGAUGGGUUAGAUAUUGCUCGAGUUCCCGUUAGAGAUCUUCGGUCUAGCAUUGCUAUUGUUCCUCAGAGCCCUUUCUUGUUCGAAGGAUCAUUAAGGGCCAAUUUAGAUCCAUUCGAAAUGAGCAGCGAUGAGAAAAUAUGGAACAUUCUAGAAAAAUGCUGUCUCAAGGAGGAGAUUGAAGCUGCUGGGGGAUUGGAAAUCCAUGUAAAGGAAUCUGGAACUACAUUUUCUGUCGGGCAACGACAGCUUCUGUGCCUUGCUCGUGCACUUCUCAAAUCUUCCAAGGUACUUUGCAUGGACGAGUGCACGGCCAAUGUGGACACUCAAACAGCUUCUAAGCUGCAGAGAGCGAUUUCGAGUGAAUGCCAAAGCAGAACUGUACUCAUGAUUGCUCAUCGCAUUUCCACUGUUGUAACCAUGGACAACAUCUUCGUUUUGGAUCAAGGGAUACUGGUUGAACAGGGGGACCCGCAGGUCCUUGCGCGUGACGGCUUGUCCAGGUUUUCGGGUUUUGCCAGAGCAUCCGCUAUGUAG